AUGAUGCGGAUAAAGGAAGCAAUACAACGAAAGAAGCUCAUUCAGAAAAUGAAUGAAGACUUCAAAGACCUAGAAUUUACACUUCCUAUAUACACGCCUUCUCCUAUACCUCUGAUCCCUCAAGAGCCAGCGCAAGGCGAGGAAGUUGCUGUGGAGGCGGAACCAACAAACGAGAAUGGAUUGCAAACUUUUGUACAGUAUUUAUCAGAAAGACUCAAUGAAAAUCAGGUUUGA